GGCGCUGCACGCCGCCGCCCGCCACGGUAGGAUGCCGCUGUGCGUCUACCUCGUCGAGCAGCUUGGCGUGAACGUCGAUGCAGGAGACGACAAAGGUGAUACACCUCUUAAGUAUGCACUUGGUUGGGGAAAUUUGGAUAUUGUGAGGUAUCUCCUUGAUCAUGAUGCUGAUCCAGAAAAGCGUGGUGAACAUGGAAUGACCGCUAUCCAUGUGGCAGCUGGAGCAGACCGAUGGGACAUGGAGGCUCGUCCUAGACAGCAGGAGGUAUAGGAUACUAUGGAGAGCAAUUUACAGGAUACAAGUCCACCGCCAAGGGAGUUUCCACUCGAGGUCUUACAACGUAUUACAAAUAAUUUUUCUGAUGACAGCAUAAUUGGUGAGGGUGGGUUUGGAGUAGUUUACAAGGGAGUAUUGGAAAAUGGGAAAGAGGUUGCUCUGAAAAAGCUUACUCGCAAAGGGUUUGACGACACGGAAUUUACAAAUGAGUUCAAUAAUAUUAUUAGGGCCCAUCACCAAAAUAUUGUACAGUUUGUUGGCUACUGCUAUCAUCCCGGUAGCUGGAUUAUGCACAAUGGAAAAUAUGUCUUUGCUCAUGAGCCAACAAGAAUUCUCUGCUUUGAAUAUUUGCAUGGUGGAAACCUUGAAAGUCACCUUUCUGAUCAGGAGCCGUGCAGACCUGAUUGGCAGACAUGUUACAAAAUAAUUAAGGGAGUCUCUCAAGGUUUAGAUUAUCUUCAUAACGGACAUAUAGAUUCUAUUUACCAUCUAGACUUGAAGCCUGCAAACAUAUUGUUGGGCAACAAUAUGAUUCCCAAAAUUGGAGAUUUUGGUAUAUCAAGAAUCUUCCCCUUAACAAAAACCAUUACUACUGCAACAAGAAUGAUGGGAACAAUAGGAUUCAUGCCACCGGAAUAUAUCAAGAAACAAGAAAUCUCACCAAAAUAUGAUGUGUUCAGUUUCGGUGCCAUAAUCAUACAAAUAAUGGCAGGUCGCCAGAGCUACCGUGAUUGUGGAAGUGUUCCUUCUGAAAAAUUAAUCGAGCUUGUAUGUGACAAAUGGCGGAAGUUACAUCCAACAAUGUCGUCACACACAUGUCUAGAAGUUAAGACAUGCAUCACAAUAGCAUUAAACUGUCUCGAGGAUGACCGGGAUAAAAGACCCACUAUAGGAGAGAUCUUGAAAGAACUUAACAGGAUUGAUAUUGAAACAGUGUCAUUUACAAACGAGGCUACCAACUUACAAAGCAGGGAGGCUUUGGCCUAUAACCAUAACAACAACUCAGGUAAGGUUGGGGCUCAUGAUAGCGACAAUCAGUUCAAGGCCCCUUCCAACCCCACGUACUAUCAACAUGAGUCCGUCAUGAGGAGACAAGAGUUAUGUGCUAUUGGAGGGCCUAGCGAUGUGACCCAGAUCGAUUAUGUCCAUCGCUCAAGGAACCCCAAUCACAGGGUAGAAGAAAGUGUUCAUACUCAUGUCACCAUGGAUAUCAUGCAUACAAUUGGGGUCACUAGUGGCAUCAAUGAAUUUGUCGAUAUUUUUCAGUGGGCUAGAGCUACCAUUUCAUCCUACUGGAGAGGUGCUCUGGAGCAAAGGUUUCAAAAUGAUCUUCUAUUUCAGUUGAAGAGUGGCUUGCAAUUCCUUAGUGAUACCCUCCCUGCAAUGUUUGACCUCAUUAAUCGGGCAGAGUGGAGAAGCCACAAUGAUGGUGUGGCCAAGCUCCUUACAACACUAAAGGAUGCAGUCUAUGAUGCUGAAGACCUUCUUGAUGAGCUCAUGUGGUACAACCAUAAGGUGAUAGUGGAGGGCAAUGCAAGCAAAUUAACUAUUGUUGAGUUCUUUAAUAGUUUCAUCGAAGUGAAUGAUACCCGCGAUCGGCUCAAAAAUAUUUCCAAACUCCUAGAGAAGAUGGGACUGGGUGAAGUGAAACCACGGUUUGACAAAACAGUCAGGCCAGAGACUAGCUCUUUCCCCAAUGAAACAAAAAUAUUUGGUCGUGACGUGGUGCUAGAGCAGAUUAUGGGAUUUCUUGGUGUGCCUAGAACUCGUUCAAAACGCAAGAGGGAAACUGAUGCAGAUGGUGCAUCAACAAGCAUAUUAGCGAGCCACCAAGUAAGUAAUGAAUCAAGACUGCCAGAUCUUCCAGUUUUGCCAAUAGUUGGAAUUGGGGGUGUUGGAAAGACCACUUUGGCCCAGCAUAUCUGCAGUCAUCCACAUGUGAAGUCUCACUUUGACACAAUAAUUUGGAUAUGUGUCUCAGAUGAUUUUGACGUGAAGAGGUUAACAAAAGAGGCUAUGGAAUCCAAUCCUGAUAAAAUCGAUGUGAAGAGGUUAAUUAAAGAGGCUAAAGAAUCAUAUCCUGGUAAAGAGGCAACAACUGGCAAUCUAGAUUAUCUUCAACAUGUUCUUUAUCAUAUACUGAAGAAGGAAAAGUUCUUGAUCGUCCUCGAUGAUAUGUGGGAUGAUGCACUGAAGGAAAAUGGCGAGUGCUGGACGAGCUUUUGUGCACCUUUGAAAAAUGUGCUACAAGGAAGUGUGAUGUUGGUCACCACCAGAUCUCAAAAGGUUUCUGAUUUAGUGCACACUAUGGAGCCAGUUAUAUUGGAAGGUUUAAAGGAUGAUGUCUUUUGGAAUUUCUUCAAACAAUGCGUGUUUGGGUCUGAGAGUUCUGAUGGGUUUCCAGAGUUAGAGCUCAUUGGUAGAGACAUACUUCCUAAGUUGAAGGGCUCUCCGUUAGCCGCUAAAACUCUUGGACGCAUGUUGCGGGAUGACCUUCAUACAACACAUUGGAAUAGUAUACUAAAGAGUGAACUGUGGGAGUUGGACCAAGAGACGACAGAAAUUUUGCCAGCCCUUCGCUUGAGCUACAUGUAUUUACCAUUCCACUUGAAGAGAUGCUUCUCAUUUUGUGCCGUGUACCCCAAAGAUAAGGAGUUUGAAAAGGAUUGUUUAGUUGAAAUUUGGGCGGCAGAAGGCUUUGUGAAACAACAGGGUGCUACUCCAAUUCAAGAUAUUGGAUGUCAAUACUUUAAUGACCUUUUAAAUCGGUCCUUCUUUCAACAAGUUCAAGGUAAAUACUUAAUCCAUGACUUGUUGCAUGAUAUGGCACAGAAAGUUUCCGAGGAUGACUGUUUCAUUGUGAAAAAGAAGGAUGACUUCAAAAGAAUUCCUCAUAAUGUCCGCCAUUUGUCAGUACUCUCUAGCAAAGACUUCAGCAAUUCAGACUUGUCAAUCCUACGCCAGUACAGAAAGCUCCGUACGCUUAUCUGUAACAGGUCUUUAGAGAACAAAAACACUCCAGCUAGUUUGAUGGAAGAUUGGUGCAGUGAACUUCUUCGUAUGCGUGUGAUUAUUUGUGCAUCUGUGAGUGAGUUACCAGCUAGUAUUGGCAAAUUGAAGCAUCUUCAGUACCUUGAGAUUUCCCGAGCUUGUACUGUCACCAGUCUUCCUGCAACGAUUUGUUGGCUCCAUAAUUUACAGGUUUUAAGUGUCAAGGGAUGCAAUCUAGAAAGCUUGCCUAGUGACUUCAGUAUGCUGGUCAACCUAUGGAGAUUUGAAACGCAGGGAUUUAAAUAUGGUCCAAAUAUUGAAGGACCCAGAAAUGAAGUUUAUUAUGGAGUACAUAUUUGUGCAGACGAUGAUAAGCACGGACUAGGAUGGAGUUUCAUAAAUAAUAUGAAGCAUCUUCGUGGACAUUUGGCGAUAAGUGAUGUUAACAAGCUAAGCAAGGAUCAUUUAGAAGAAGCAGAACUAAAGAAUAAGGAAUAUCUUGACAAGCUAACGCUGCAGUGGCAUUCCUGGUUUGGUAAUGAAUACGAGAUAGCAGUCUUUCGAGAUCUACAGCCUCCUACAAAUGUCAAAUCUCUAGUCCUUGACUUUUACCCAGGUGUAUCUAUUCCAAGUUGGUUUCAUCCACGAAGUCUGUCAGGCUUAACAUCCGUUUCAUUUAUUAAUUGUAGUGGUUUGGCGAUACCUACAGUGGUAGUCGGAAUCAAUAAUGGCAUCAUGGGUUUCUCGUCCCUGAUAAAUCUAAUCAUUGAUGGGUGCACUCGUUUAACAAGUCUAGAGAAGAUUCUGUAUCCAGGCUGUCUACCAGUCAUCAAGAGAAUUGCAAUAAUGAAGUGCCGGAACUUAGUAUCGAUACCGACCGAAAGAUUUGGAGAUUUUCGCUUCCUCGAAACAUUCAGGGUUCUUUAUUGUGAAAAAAUAAACUCUCCAAGUUUGAUUUCGCCAUCUCUCAAGAAGCUCGUUCUAGGCAAGGAUACAUACGGGAUUAAUCAUUUUGGGAAUCUCGCGGACAAUAUCCAAUGCUACUCUCUCACCUACUUUUUCUUGUCAUCUGUCCUUCUUUUCUCCAUCAAACUGCAAAUGUGGAAUCUUCCAGCUCUACAGAAAUUGUGCAUUUCAUAUUGUCCAUCUCUUACAUCUAUUGGACAAUCUGGACGGCGGGUAUUCACCAACCUUACUUCCCUAACCAUCUACAUGUGCAAAGAAUUGUCAACCAUUGAUGGUCUCCUAGAUGAAAAAUAUCUACCUGCCAUUGAGAGUAUUACAUUUUCCUCGUGUAACAAGUUGUCCAUUCACAGUAAAAGGCUUGGGGUUUUUUCUCUUCUUAAGGAUUUGAAGGUUUAUAAGUGUCAUCAAAUUAACUGGGAGGGAUUGGUGUUACCAUCUUCCCUCCAAUGCCUCCACUUAGAAGCAUGUGGAGAUGUCUCUUCAUCUAUUCCCAGCUGCCUAGAAAACCUUCAAUAUCUUGUUUCCCUAAAAAUAUCGUCGUGUCCGUAUAUAACAUCCAUUCCAGGCCACCUUUGGAUCAGUACUCUCUCAUCACUCCAGGAAUUAGAGAUUCGGUAUUGUUGGGACCUUGUGUCCAUUGGUGGAGCAGAUGACAUUUCGGAAAUACAAAAUGUGUUGAUUGAGGACUGUAGAAAUUUGAAGGGAAUAAUGCAGCCAGUGAAAAGAGGCAGCUUCUUGAUAUCAAAGAAACAAGAGCAGCCUGUGAAAACAAGCUCAAAGUCUGUCUGGUGUUCAUGAGUUGUUGAGGAAGGGAUGGUGCUAGCUAGUGCGGCUAAUACUCUCAGCCACUGUAAUCUUCUUUUUGGUUGUUGCCUUCUGUCGUACUGCUUUUAUGUACAGACUUGAUUGGCUUGACGGAUUGAUUGAUGCGCCAGGUUUUUCGUCCCAUAGGCUAUACUAUAGCAGAGUAUAAUUAGUGGGUUUUCCUGGUGGAUGUCGAAUUCGCAAACCUUUUUUCUGUUUCUGGGUAUUGUUGCCGACUAUAACCGGUUGCUUGAUUAUGUAGAAAAUUUUGUCUUAAUAUGCAUGUUAUACUGUUACCUACUACGUAUGUCAGGUGUUUUUUUAUGUUUGAUCUCUUGUUCAGUCUACCAGUUUAACUUGGUGACUGCUAAU